ACGCCUCGGGUCUCUUUAUCACAAAGGCCCCGAACUCGAUCCGCAAAGUUGUUAUUGCGACCCCGCUCAGCUGCAUGGAGGGACUUUAGGCUUAAACUUCUAGCAGCUCUAAGAACCAAGGUUUAAAUCCUUGAACCUGCCACUGAAACCAAAGGAGGAGGCUGCGUAACCAAGGAAACUACAUUGCCCACAAUUCUUUGAGCCGAGUGGCAAAAGGCUGGACCUGAGAAAGGCCUUGUCGGUGUUUGGACCGCAAGCUUUGGGCAAGACUUACUACAUCUCUGCCAAGCGGUCCUUGUAGCUGCUUUGGGGUUAUUUCUGGCUAUCAUCAAUAUAAGAGUGUGUAGUGGGGACCAAGGUAGGCGGAGAGGACAGGCAGGUCUGCAGAUCUACGUCGCUACCACUGGCGGCCGUGAGGGAUGCUCGAAUGUUUGCAAAGUAAGAUGGUUGCUGCCACCGCAGUGGCGCAACCUGCUCUAGUAAGUGUCACGUUCCCCUGGGCCUCACCACAGUCCUACUAGAUCCCCAGUACAGUUCUGUUCUCCUCCCUAUUGUAGAAAUCCCUGUGUCCUGAACAGUACUGGGCUUGUGAAUGGAAUCCCUGUUACUGAUUUCGGAUGUGAUUGGAUGAGAGUGGGUCCCACAAAGGACUAAUUGAUAGAUGUGUGUCCUGUCUUGUUUACAAGAAUAAACAGGACCAUUUACGCCUUACAAUGGAAUGGGAAGGUGAGGAAUUUUACGUGUAUCCUUACGGAUCUGGGGCUUAGUGAGGAUCGGAAUGAAAGAACACGGUUUAAAAACAUCUUUCAAAGUAGCCUGGAGGGGUGAGCACUGAGACCCAGGAAGGUUGAGGCUACUAGGAGUCAGCUAUGAGUGCUGACGUCUAGAGAUAGAUAAUUCAGAUCUAAUAAGGCCUCAUAGCUCUAGGACUGGAUAUGGAGGCCUGAGCUGGUGAAACCCCUACCAUGAUCCUUGGCAACCUUCCCACAGAUUCUCAUGACUACUUAUGGAUUGUUCACAGGUGAGUAAAGAGUGUAUUCCAGGGGAUUCGCUGAUGACCUCACUCCUUGUCUCUGGAAUUGUGUGCUAAACUGAUUGUUUCACCAGAGUUCUACUGCAUGGACCUGGAGAACUCCCAAACCAGGAGUGGAAACCCAGGCUGGGGGUUAUAUAGAAAGGUUUCUCACAAAACUCUUAGCAACCAGGGGGGAUGAGAAAAGAAAGGCUACCCAGGCAUGGGUUCCAAAAUAUGGAACUGAAAUAUGAGGCUGAACUUGCUUAGUGAUACAGGUUGCCUGUCCUUCUGCUGUCCCAUGUCUAUUCUGGAGAUGAUGGGAGCAGAGAUGAUUUGGUAAGAUUUUUACCAGGUUCCCCAUGGCUGCAGCAAGAACACACUGUAAGCGUUACAGCUCAGAUGAAAAGGGCUGUGUGACUUUUGAAGACGUGGCUGUGUACUUCUGCCAGCGAGAGUGGGAGCUCCUGGAUGAAGCUCAGAGGCUACUGUAUCUCACUGUGAUGCUGGAGAACUUUGCACUUAUAACCUCACUGGAUUGUUGGUAUGAAUCAGAGUAUGAAAAAAAUCCUUCUGUACGGAGUGUUUGUGUAGAAAUGCCACAAGCCCGGACUCCAAAGGAAACUCUACUCACUGGAAAGACUCAACCCUGUGACAUCUGUGUUCUUGUCUUGACAGACAUUUUGCAUCUGUAUGACCUACCUGGACAA